AUGGCUCGCCUCACCGACAAGAGGGAGGGCCCCUCUAAGCAGACCCUUCCUACCAGCUGGCUCAGCAGGCACCAGGCCCUCUCCCGCUGGGCCUUGCUGCUCGCAGGCGUUUCCGUCAGUGUCUUUUCUGCGUACUGGGGCCUCUUCUACAGUAACACAGGAUUGCGCCGUUCAAGUUUCGACAGCGAGUUGCCCCCGUCCAGUGCGUUUCCCGCUAUUACCCUUUCCUGGCUCCUUACUGGUGAGCCGCAUCCCCCCGCAGCGCCUUCCCACGAAAGUGCCCCUUUUGCUUGUCUGGUUGCUGUGGUGGUGGAUGGCGACACGAUACGCUGUAUUCCCGUACUUACUGACGCCGAGGUGUCCAUACAUUUCCCCGCGCAGCAGCAACCAACGCUCCGACCCCUGCUCGCAGCCCUAGAAAAUCUUACUACGGUGUACAGUAACCUCAGAGCACCACCACAGCUUACCCUGCCAACAGUGGCCUCAAGUUGCUCCCCCAUAUCCUCGUGCACCCUGAAUGUUCGGCUGUACGCCAUAGACGCACCUGAAACACGAAAACGAGGCAUCCGUAAGGCCGACCCUGAUUCUAGGGGCAAAGAGCAGGCUCCGGAGGCCUUGCCCUCCAUGGUGUACGGCUCAGCGUUUCUGGACGUAGGAGGUCAGCCACUGGGCGUCGCAGCAGCAGCCGCGUUGGCAGAUAUGGUCUUGGGCCGGGUGGUGCUGGUAGUGCCACUGCGGCUAGACCAGUACAAGAGAAUCUUAGCCCGAGUCCUUCUCCCCGCAGUUACGCAUAGAUCCACAGAAGGGUCCAUGGCUUUCGCCAGCUACUUUCAUGCCGUCUUUACACACAUAGCCGCGCAGGCAAUCCCCACGGACUCUGAGGGCCAGCUUGUCAAUAAGGCUCCUCCAAAGGAGGCCGGCCAGAGUGCCCAGCGACUUGUAGAGGCUCUAGAGGCGCCUUAUUCGCAGAAAGAGACCCUUCACGCGCUUGCAAUAGCUAAAGACACGCUGUGGAAGCUCAGAAAGCCUUCAGGGUUUUCUAGACCCUCCAAAAGCAGCAACAGCCCAGACUUAGAGGAGGGCCCUCGAGAGUCGGGUGCCCGCGUCAGAGAGGCAUGUUACUUGCUGCAAAUACUGGAGCAGAGUCGGAUACCGCUGCUGUUCGACGUGAGCGAUGUACUGCUGAGGCGGGGUCUGAGUGUACUGUACACUGGAGGGGGCCGCGUGUAUGCGGGGAGGCGCCCACAGCUUGAAGAACUCCAGCGCACUGCGGAGAGAAACAAGGAAGGCAUUUGGGGCCUCCCCAUAGAACUCAGAGAGAGCCCCAUGGAGUACAAACGGAGAAAGAAGACCUUUCCGUGCUGCGAGUCGGGUGCCCUUUUCCUCCGCAAUGUUCAGGGGACAUCCUCCUACAGUGUGGCUGAUGCAUUGCUGUAG